GCCUGGGCUACAAAGUAAGCUCAAGGCCAGCCUGAACUGCAUAGCGAGACUCUGUCUCAAAACAAACAAACAAGGAAAGUGAUAGUUGUGGCCUAUAAGUACUAGGCUAAGCUUGCUGUAUUGCUCUAAUUUUAGGCAGUAUACACGUUCAAGGAAGUAGGGGGAAAGGAGGCUUACAGUGGAGUCUGCCCAUCUGAAAGGCUGCCAUGUGAGAGGAAGAUUAGGCUUAUUUUGUGGUCCCUGAAACACAACCAGAACGGGGGAGGUAGGUGAAAGAACACUGACUUGAAAAUCAGACUGGUCUGACUACUAGUUAUACACAGCCACUGACUAGCUAUGACCUUAGGGCAACUUAAUUAGCUGUUAGGAGCCUCCACUUGUGCCUGCGUAAAGCAGAGCUUCCAUUCCCUCGUGGGCUCGCCAGAUGGAACUGCAGUUAAUAAACUAUCUGUGCGCUGUCACCUCUCCCCUGCCCGGGGCUUCCUCCGCCUGUAAGUGGCGGUGCCAGUCUCUGUCGCUUAGUGGCACAGAACAUGCCCGCAGUCUCUCUCCUCAGGCCAACCACAGCACCGGGGAGCGCUUCCUGCUGCUGGGCUUCUCCGACUGGCCGUCCCUUCAGCCGGCCCUCUUCGCGCUCGUCCUCCUCGGCUACCUGCUGACGCUCGCAGGCAACGCGGCGCUGCUGCUGCUGGCGGUGCGCGACCCGCGCCUGCACUCGCCCAUGUACUACUUCCUGCGCCACCUGGCGGUGCUGGACGCGGGCUUCUCCACCAGCGUGGCGCCCUUCCUGCUGGCCGGCCUGCGCGGCCCGGCGCUCCGGCUGCCCCGCGGCGGCUGCCUGGAGGGAGGCCGCCAGGGCAGACGAGAUCGCCAGGGUUCAGGUCGCCUGGCUUGGCGGCGACACAGUCUUCACCAAGCCCUCCUGCGAGCGCUCACGGGCCCCACGCACAGCGGCCGGCCGCAGACGGGGCGCCGCGGGCCGUGCGCCGUCAUCCUGGCCUCGUACGGCGCGGUGGGCCGGGCGCUGUGCGCCCUGAGGUCCCGCGGCGGCCGCCGGAAAGCGCUGGGCACCUGCGGCUCCCACCUGAGCGCGGUCUGCCUGUUCUACGGCUCCGCCAGCUACACCUACCUGCAGCCCACGCGCAGCUACAACCAGGGCCGGGGCAAGUUCGUCUCUCUGUUCUACACCGUGCUCACGCCGGCGCUCAACCCGCUCAUCUACACCCUGAGGAACAAAGAAGUGCAGGGGGCGGCGCGGAGGCUCCGGGAGAGUCUGGCGCGGAGGCAGGACCGGAAAUGCUGAUUUGGUUGCAUUUCAUGAUAGUUUUUUCUUCAGUGAACCUGGGGCCCGUAACUGUGAAGACAAUGAAACAUGCUAAGGUAAAUAUUGGUCUUAGAGAGACUUUAGUCAUGAAUAAACUGGGAAUUACUUAUUGACGUCUACAUUUCCAGUGCUAAAAAGAACUAGACAGACAAAACCCCUGCUCUAGAGGAUGAGUCAUUUGUAAUACAGUAGGUCCAGCACUGAUUCUGAACCACUAUGACUCUUCAUUUCACCUUUCAAACUGUGUGCAGGCACUGAUUUCCUCUGUAAACACAAAUAAAAUGUUUUGUUAUGGAUACAUUUUUUGAAUGCUCAUAAUGGGUACUUUUAAGUCUGUGGACAAGAAAUACACUUUGCUGUCUA